GUUAUAAAGUUAGGGGCGGAGAAGCCGAGGGUGGCUGGGAAAUGAUGGCUGAUGAAGAGGAAGAAGUCAGGGAGAUCGUGCAGAAAUUGCAGGAACUGGUGGAUCAGCUCUAUUCAUUUCGAGAGUGCUAUUUCGAGACACAUAGUGUUGAGGAUGCUGGGAGGAAGCAACAGGAUGUGCGGGAGGAGAUGGAGAAGACCCUGCAGCAGAUGGAGGAAGUAAUGGGUUCUGUCCAGGGCAAGGCACAGGUUCUGAUGCUAACUGGGAAGGCACUGAAUGUGACUCCUGACUAUAGCCCUAAGGCUGAGGAGCUUCUAUCAAAGGCUGUGAAGCUGGAGCCCAAGCUGGUGGAAGCCUGGAACCAGUUGGGUGAGGUGUACUGGAAGAAAGGGGAUGUUGCCGCUGCCCACACCUGCUUCUCAGGAGCCCUCACCCAUUGCAAGAACAAAGUCUCCCUUCAAAACCUGUCAAUGGUGCUUCGCCAGCUGCGGACUGACUCUGGAGAUGAACAUUCUCGCCACGUCAUGGACAGCGUCCAACAGGCUAAGUUGGCUGUGCAGAUGGACAUCCUUGAUGGCCGCUCCUGGUAUAUUCUGGGGAAUGCAUAUCUGUCUCUCUACUUCAACACUGGCCAGAACCCUAAGAUCUCCCAGCAAGCCCUCAGUGCCUAUGCCCAAGCAGAGAAGGUUGACAGGACAGCUUCCAGCAAUCCUGAUCUUCAUCUGAACAGGGCCACGUUACAUAAAUAUGAAGAGAAUUACGGGGAGGCCCUGGAGGGCUUCUCUCGGGCUGCAGCACUGGACCCUGCCUGGUCAGAGCCCUGGCAACGAGAGCAACAACUCCUGGAAUUCCUGAAUAGAUUAACCAGCCUCCUAGAGAGCAAGGGAAAGGUGAAGACCAAAAAGUUACAGAGCAUGCUGGGAAGCUUGCGCCCAGCCCAUCUAGGCCCUUGUGGUGAUGGGCGCUAUCAGUCAGCCUCUGGGCAGAAGGUGACCCUGGAGCACAAGCCACUGAGUGCUCUGCAGCCUGGUGUAAACAGUGGGGCUGUGGUCCUGGGGAAGGUGGUGUUCAGCCUUACCACGGAGGAGAAAGUCCCCUUUACAUUUGGCCUGGUAGAUUCAGAUGGACCUUGCUAUGCAGUGAUGGUGUAUAAUAUGGUGCAGAGUUGGGGAGUGCUCAUCGGGGACUCUGUAGCCAUCCCUGAGCCUAACCUUCGACUUCACCGAAUUCAGCACAAGGGAAAGGACUAUUCCUUUUCCAGCAUUCGCGUGGAGACGCCCCUCCUGCUCGUGGUGAAUGGGAAGCCUCAGGGCUCCAGCAGCCAGGCUGCUGCCACAGUGGCAUCGCGGCCACAGUGUGAAUGACCCUCUCUGGCUUGCAUGCUAACGAGGGAGUGGAGGCGAGGAGAUAAGCUCAAGGUCACUUGGCAGCCCGACCAGCCACAUCCAGUGACUCAACUGGAAUUGGGGGGAUGUUUUAGAUGAUGACUUUCCCUUCCUCUGCCUUGUAAGACACGAUGUGUCCCUUCUUCUCUGUUGUUAUGUUCACCUCUCUCUGGGGCCACACGCUUCCCUGUUGUAUCUCUCCUGCCUCUUUUAUUGCUCUUCUAUGUUUUAGACAAAGAGCAUGGAAAUUGGUAGAAGUGUUGGGACCUUGCCGUGGGACAGAGUCCCCAAGGUUCCUGUUCUUGCCUCCUUCCUGAGCCUCGUGUGUAUAUAUCAUUUCAGUAUUUAUUGCUAAGCGAGGGGGCUUAAUUUUUUAAUGGCUUAGUUUUUGAGCAAUUUUAUUUUAUUUUUAUUUUUAAAAUUUAGGUCCUUCCCCUCCUUUGGGGCUGGAACAGAAUUAAAUUUGUUUGGAAAAAAAAUAAUACUGUGUAGUUUGGCCUGUUUCAUUCUCUCCAGGCUUGGACUCUUGGUUUUAGGAUCCCUUUAAUCUAUUAUAGUAGUACCCCCUCCCUGCCUUUUUUUCUUUAUACAAAGUAGUUUAUUUCUCUCCCAGCUAAAAGAUUUCUGGCAAUAGGCAGCCCAGGGCAGGAAUGGCAGCUUCACAAAAUUGUUGGGAACCAGCUUCCUUCCAUUUCCCCAUUCUCUCAUCCCGAAGGGUGGCCCUUAUCAUAGGCCAAGAGGACAGCAGCACUCUUCUAAUAGUGUUACUGGGCUGAGAGACCAGAGAGAGCUAGAUACUCUUUUGAUUCUAAUGAUACAUUUUAUAACAGUUUCUUUUAACAUUCUUGUGGAAAAAUGGGAAAAAUGUGUGGAAGGGAUUAUUAACCAACCUGAAUGGUUAUAACCAGAGAGUACAUUAAUGGAUACAGAUUGAUUUGGAAGACUUCUAGUGAUAUGGCUCAGGUCUUUGUCCUUGGUCCAGUCCUGUUCAACUGUUGAUCAGUGACCUGAAUAUCAUUGAUGACUCAUUCAAUUUGUGAAGAAUGUAAAAUGCAGAGAACUCCACAGAGAAUGGAUGAUAGAAUAAGCAUCAGUCUAUCUUUUAAAGUCUAUUCUUUUGGUCCAGAAAGGCCAACUGUUUGGGGUGUAUCUUCAACAUCAUGCCUGAAAUAUUACUGGAAUUUAGUAGACAGGAUAAAGUCAGUCUGAGUAACCAGUAUGAUACAGUUGCAGCACUUUUUGGACUAUACCAAUGAAUCUGCUAGCCAGAGAGAGUUUUUAAUACUGUGUUUGUCACAACACAUGUGGAACCUUGUAUUUAGUUCUGGUUGUUGAUUUUGAGGCCUAGAGUCAUGGAAGUAUGAUCAAGAACUUGAAAGGAUGUAAAAUAUCUUGAGAAAUGGUUGAAAGCAAUUGGGGAGGAGGGGUGUGAUGGGGUGUGUAUGUUAGAAUCAGUAGAGAGGCAAUCCAGUAACUGUUCCCCUUUUACUCAAGUCCUGAGACAAUCUGACAUGUUUAUGUUGAGCCAAACAAUAGAAAGAUGGCCAGUAGGUGGUAGCAGCAGAGCUUAAAAGAUUUUAUGAUGAAAUAUAUGUACAAAUGAGAAUACAAAGUAUGUAUGUACAGAUUAAAGAGUAAUUAGAAUAUACCUGUGAAAAUGUCCACCUGGCUUAAAAACUAGAACAUCACUAGUAUCUCAGAAGCCCUGUGUGCCUCUCCAUGAUCUCAUUUCAUUUUUGUUUACAAAUAUAUCUCAUUGUAUGAUUAUGCUACAGUGUAUUCAUCCUACUGUUAAAGGACAUUUGGGUUUUUUUUUUUUUUUUGCUAUUAAGGCAGUACAUUAUUAAUAUUCUGUACAUGUCCUAAUAUGUAAGUGCAAGAGUUCCUUUUAUAGCAGUGGUUCUCUAACAGUGCUCCUAGACCAAGAGCAUCAGUGUCACCUGAAGCUUCUUAGAAAUGCAAAUGCUCAGGUCUCUGUCCCCAAAUUAGAAAUUCUGGGGAAGAGUUUAGCAAUCUGUGUUUAACAAAUCCUCCAGGCAAUUUUGAUGCAUACUAAUGUGUGAGAACCAGUGUUUCAGAGUAUAGGCACAAGAAUAGAAUUGCUGGAGUUACAUGUGCUCAACUUUUUUGAGAAACAGCAAACCUUUCCAAAGUGGUUGUACCAAUUUAUGUCUCUUCUGUCAGUGUGUUCUGCAUCCUCAUCUAUGUUGUCUUACUUUCUAGGGUUCCCAAAUAUAGGAGGUUUGAGUGAUAUUCCCCUGUAGCCUUAAUGAGCAUUUCUCUCACUGUUAAUGGGUUUGAGCAUCUUCCCACAUAUUUAACAAGCCACUAAUAUUUUCUCAUGAUACAAUACCUAUUCGUGCCUUUGCCCACUUCUGUAUUGGAUUUCAGAUUGAUUUGUAGGAUUUAUUUAUCUCCUGUGGUAAUCUUUUGUCAUUUUAUGUACUGCAAACAUCUUAAGAGUUUUUAGCUUGUCUUUUUUUUAACUCUCUGUAUUGGAUCUUUUGUUGAACAAAACUGAACUUAAUUUCAGUGUUAUUGAAUUUAUCAAUAUUUUCUUUUAUGGUUAGUGCUAUUUGUGUAUUAAGAAGUCCUUCCCUAUCCUGAAGUCAAAGACAUUUCCCCUCUAUUGUUUUAUGAAUUAUCAUUUUGCCCUUUUCUUUCAUUAUGGACUUUCUUUAUGUGGUGAUGUAGGUAUAUAAUUUUUUUUUCAUGAGUAAUUAAUUGGCCCAGCACCUUUUAUUAAAGAUUCAUCCUUUACCCACUAAUCUUUAAAGCCCCAUUUAUCUUACACCAACUUGCCAUAUACAGUAUGUAGGUCUGUUUCUGAACUCUUUUGAUCUGACCUAUUCUGGUCUAUUUUUUUAUUUCUAUUCCAAUACCAUAUUGUCUUAUAGUUUUAUGAAAAGUCAGUAUCCAAUCAGAAUAACAGUGGGCCAUGUUGUUCUUAACAAGUGGCCCAUUUACAUUUUAGAAUCAGUUUCUGAAUUUUUAAGAAAAACUCCUCUGGGAUUUUGGUUGGGAUUCUAUUGAAUUUAUAGAUCAAUUUAGGAAGAAUAGAUGUAUUUAUACCUAUUUUAUCCAUAAUUUUCUUCAUUGUUUAAGUUUUCAUUGUUCAGUGUAAUUGUAUACUUUUUCUGAAAGUCUUAUUUAUCUUUUAUUAGAUUUAUUCCUAGAUGCUUCAUAGUUUUUUAUGCUAUUGUAAAUAGUAGAAUUUUAAAAAUUACAUUUGCUAACUAUGCUUGGGAAUAUACAGUUGGCUAUUUUUCAUAUUUUUUUUGUAGCUGUGACCUUUUUAGAACUCUCUCAUUCUAAUAAUUUGAUUCCUUUGAAUUUUCAGUGUAUAAAUAACAACUGUUUUGUGUUUUCCUUUCCAGUCUUUUUGCCUUUUAUUUUGUUUUCUUUUCUGCAGCAGUUCGGAUCUCUAGUAUGCUGAAUACAAGUGAUGAUUGCAAGCAUCAUUGUCUUGUUCCUGUACUUAAAGGAAAUAUUUUCAAAAUUUCAAUAUUAAGUAAGAUGUUUGUUGUAUGGUUAUUACAUAUUCUUGCUUUCAGAUAUCAAGCCUGUUCGAGUUUUUAUUAUGAAAAGUUCAUUACAUUUUAUCUGAUGCUUUUGUUGAGGUGGCAGAUGAUUUUUUUUUUCUUUUAAUCUGUUAAUGUGGUGGAUUAGAGUACUCCACUUUUCAUUAAUAAACCAAACUUGCAUUCUUGGGACAAACCUUA